AUGGUAUUACCAUUGAGAAAAUCAAAUAACAACAUUAAUACAAAAAAAAAGCAUAGUCAAUCGUUUUCAUUAACAAAACCACAAUUAUCAUCUUCGAAAAUCAUUAAUAUUCUUCUUCUUGAUGAAACAAAUGUUGGUAAAUCAACUUUUAUCAAUGCUUUUAUUAAUUAUAUUCAAUAUAAAACAUUCGAACGAGCUGAAUUAAAUAAACCUAUUUUUCUUAUAUCGGUAUCAUUUUGCAUAAAGAUCAACAAUAAUUAUGAAGAACAUAUUACAAGACAUAGUGAUUUUGAUAAUUCAAAUCAAUCAGUAACACAAUAUUGUAAAUCACAUAUAUUUUAUUUUAAAGAUAAUGAUGAAAUAAAAUUACGUUUUAUUGAUACACCUGGUUUUGAUGAUACACAAGCUAAGAUCAAUAUGCAAUAUAUUUUAGAUUAUAUUAAUAAUUUUUCAUAUUUAAAUAAUUUCAUAGGUUGUCUUAUACCCGGAAAAUUACAAUUAAUAAAACAUGCUCAAUUUGAAAUUAUGCCUAUGAUACGACCUAUGUUAGAAACAAUGCGUAAUAUUCUUCAAUAUAUUAUUAUACCGCAUAUGAAUUCUAUAGCAAAAUCUAUUGAAAUACAUCUUAAAGUUAUUCAUCGUCUGUCUACUAUUUGUCUCAUGUGUAAACCUCAGGUUCAUCAAGUUGGUGACUUUUGGAUUGUAAAUGAUAUUCCACAUGAAAUCCAAGAAAUUUGUUAUACUUGUUCAUGUCCUUUCAAUCAACAUGUUCCAAUAGAUUAUCUAUUCAAAUACGAACUUUCAAGUCACUCGUUCAAUAUUGAUCAAUGUCAAGCAAAGGAAUUAUUAUCGAAAUUGUGUUAUGCUAGUGCUGAAUUUCCUUUUUCUUUUCUUAUGUAUGCAGCAUGUGUAUCAAAAGAUGAUCUAUUUGAUAUUGUACUAACAAAAAUGAUUGAUGAAGAAAAUAAUAUUUGUCUUAGUCAAAAUAGUUCAUUACCAAAUAUUUAUAAAUGGAUUCAAACUAUUCGAGAAUAUUCUAUGAUAUAUGAACAAAUGAUAGCGAUAAAACAAGUACAAGAAAUCAUAAUGAAACAAUAUGAAUAUGAAGUACCAGAUAUUGUCAGCAAUUUAUAA